AUGUCUACAUAGCUGAUAUUUUUGUGAUUGGAAUAGAAAUUUUAUUUAUACUUGAUUUAUUUCAAUAUAUAUAGAGUUCCGUGAAGCUUGUAUAAAAGGUAUAGUAUAUUAAGUAGAGGCCUUAUUUGGUUCAGGUAUCUUAUUGCUUUUGCAACAUGCUAAUUGUGUCCUUGUUUUAUAUUUUAUCGGUCAAACCAAUUAAAGUUACGAAGGAAUAAUUGUCUUGCGAAGAUACCACAGUCAAAUCGUAACUGAAACCGAAACAUUCCGUAGUACGCGGAAGUAAUAUACCCAAUGUUUAUGUGAUGUGAAUGGGUAUAUAUUCAUAACCACACCGGUGGACGAGUAUAGUAUUGGUAGAAGCAUUGUCGACGAGACAUAUCUCGCUAAUUUUUAUCGUAAGGGAUUCUUAGGCUAACCGUGUUAAUUUUUUGGUUUCCAGCAAACGAUUGCCGAUACUUGUAAUAUUUAAAAUGAACUUCGCACGAACGCAUUCACCUACCAGACUAAUGAGUUCCGAAAAUACUUAUUCGCUCUCUAAAGAGCAUUGCAACUUGAAGUAUUCGGAUAUUCUGCCGCACAAUGCAGAAGGUUAUCCGGCGACUAGAGAGUUCUUGAUGAAGGUGGUGGACAUUUUGCUAGACUUCGUCAAAUCAACGAACGAUAGAAAUGCGAAGAUUCUCGAUUUCCAUCAUCCUGCCGAAAUGAUGCGUCUGCUCGAUCUAGAAGUUCCUGAUACCGGAUUGACCCUUCAACAGCUUCUACUGGAUUGUUCCACAACUUUGAAGUAUCAAGUAAAGACUGGACAUCCACGUUUCUUCAACCAGCUAUCAUGCGGUCUCGAUUUAAUGUCAAUGGCUGGCGAGUGGCUAACUGCGACAGCAAACACGAAUAUGUUUACCUACGAGAUCGCGCCCGUAUUCAUUCUAAUGGAGCAUGUUGUGCUGCAAAAGAUGCGCGAGCUUAUAGGCUGGAACUGCGGUGACUCCAUUCUCGCACCAGGAGGAUCUAUUAGCAAUCUUUACGCCUUUCUCGCGGCCAGGCACAAGAUGUUCCCGUACUAUAAAGAAAAAGGACUCUCUGCUAUCGGAGGACAGCUGGUUAUGUUUACGUCCGAUCAGUGCCAUUAUUCUGUGAAAUCAUGCGCGUCCGUUUGCGGCCUCGGUACGGAUAAUUGCGUGAUGGUGCCUAGCGACGAGCGUGGUCGCAUUAUUCCAACGAAACUGGAGGAAUUGAUCCUGGAGCGCAAGGCCAAAGGUCACAUACCGUUCUUCGUAAAUGCCACUGCGGGAACAACGGUUAUUGGUGCAUUUGAUCCGAUUCCGGAAAUUGCUGAUAUCUGUCAAAAGUACAAAUUAUGGUUGCAUGUCGACGCGGCUUGGGGUGGUGGACUGCUUCUGUCGAGAAAGUACAGGCAUCCGAGACUGACCGGUAUCGAACGAGCUGAUUCAGUAACAUGGAAUCCGCAUAAACUUAUGGGAGCCUUGCUACAGUGUUCUACUAUUCACUUUAAGGAAGACGGGCUACUGAUCAGCUGUAACCAAAUGUCCGCGGAAUACCUGUUUAUGCAGGACAAGCUAUACGACGUGAGGUUCGACACUGGCGAUAAGGUCAUUCAAUGUGGGCGUCACAAUGACAUUUUCAAGCUUUGGCUGCAAUGGCGCGCCAAGGGAACAGAGGGUUUCGAGAAGCAUAUGGAUCGAUUGAUGGAAUUAACGGAGUAUAUGGUUAGGAGAAUUAAACAAAUGCCCGACAAGUAUUAUCUGAUCCUCGAGCCUGAGUUGGUGAACGUCAGCUUUUGGUAUCUGCCCACGCGUGUGCGGAACAUGCCGCACACCGCGGAGAGAAUAAAAAUCUUAGGCGAGAUAUGUCCGAUUUUAAAAGGUCGCAUGAUGCAAGCUGGCACGCUGAUGGUUGGUUACCAGCCGGACGACCGACGGCCCAACUUCUUCAGGAAUAUAAUUUCCAGUGCCGCCGUAACGGAGGCCGACAUCGAUUUUCUCCUGGCGGAGAUGGAUCGACUGGGCCAUGACUUGUAAGAAAUCUGUCCACACAUAGGCAUUAAUUAAACCAAGGCGUAAACCAGGCGAAACAAUUCCGGAAACGCACGAUGUGCAGUGAUUAGCCGACUGGUACACACAUCAUUGACAAAACCGCAUCCAUGAGUACAUUUUGCGCGACACGUUCUAAGAAUGUUAAAAAAUUAAAGCUCAGGAUACAAAAUUUAGCUACCAAUACGAACGUAAGACAUACGAUGAAAUACGCGGUUUUAAUGUCACGACAGAAGAAAACACAAAUAUUGAGUAUAUUCGGUUUUAUUUUUCUGCCAAAUCACAUUUUAAUAACGUAAAUUAUUUUAAUUGACAAAGAUUUUAUUUAUUUAUUAAUAUUACAAUAUAAUUUUGUAAACUUAAUUUUACACAUAGUGUAAAACUAUCAAUUUCUAAUUAAUUUAGUAAUUAAAUUUUGGUAAAAUUAAACAAAGAAAACAUUUUUCGUGAGAUUUAGACUAUUAUGCAUUUGCCAGUAAACGUUUACAUUCAUCGUUCUAUAAAAUGUUUUAUAAAAUCUGGCUGAAUCGAUGUACUACAGCUUAUAAUUUAAUUUAAUGGGAUAAAUUUUAUCAUUGAACAAAAAAGGCGAUGAUGUUAGUGAAGGGUCAAUGUGUAGUUAAAUGCUUCAUUAUCCUGAGACCAGUUUGCAACAGCUAUCUGCACGUCGAAAAAAAUAUACGUAGUAUAUAAGUUUUCUAGAUUUAAAUGAAAUACGCGGCAUAUCCAAAAAACGAAGUUAUGAAUCAAGUUACAAAGUUAAAGGUGCUUCCGGCCGUAAGCUACGCAGAUUUGUUAUUUUUUGCUCUGCUCGAUAAUAUUUACGCAAGUGAUAACAUUGUCAUUCACUCAUUAAUCGAAGCAAUAAUAGUAUACACAUCCGUUUUCCAAAUAAAACACCCAAAUAAUUUUUUUAUCGUGAAACGCGAAUUAGAAUGUUGUUCAAAAUUUGUAUUGAAAACUUAUUUUUAUUGUAUAUAUUACUUUUGUGGAUGAGAUAUAUUAAUCAAAUUGGUUCUGAAAGGUUUAGCUUAUAAAGUUAUGGUUCUUUAAAUUUAUAAGAUGUUUUCUUCUUGAGAAUAUUUUAUAUUUAUAAAUACGUUGCAUUAAAUAUAUUUAAUUUGUUGACGAUUUUUGUACAGUUUAUUUGAAGAUUCUAUAUACCAUUUACUACAUCUUACACCGUUAUUAGCCUUUCUCCUUAAUCAUUUAUUAAACAUCUCUCAGAUCUUUAAUAGUUUUAGGGACGGUUGUUCUAACUUCUUGGUAAACUUAUCUAUCAAGUAAAUGCCGGCCUUGAAUCACUUAAUUAUAGUAGAUAAAAUUGUUUGACGAGUUUGUUAAAAAUUAUACAAAAUUAUUUAAAUUGUACGAAAAUAAAUUACUACGCGAUCAUACGCGAUAAAUACAAAAAUAUUUAUCAUAAUUCAAUCAAAAUCUGCAGUUUGUCCAUAGUACACUGGAACGAAAGUGGUUCUGUUUUCGAACAGUGUAAAAAUUUAUUUAGAAUAUAAAUUGUAAGCGCUGUGGCUAAUCUGUCGGAGCUUAAGUCUGCUCUGCCCCAAUGUACGAUUUGCAACGAAUCGUCAGCCAAUAGCUACGGAAUCGAAAAUUUCUAUCGCCGUGGCGUUAGGGAUAGAUAACACAUUAAUGCAAUAUUACUUUCCAUAGAAAAUAGAUUUAACAUCAAGCGUUAUUUUGUUGGGAUAUUGAUGGAGUUUAUAAUUUAUUGAUUGCGAAGAUAACGUAAUGAGAAGGAUACUUCAUCUAUUAUAUACAAAAUAUAUGUAUAUCAUAAUUUAUUGUUAAACGAGUUCUAAUCGAAAGGAGAGUACUAAUAUAUAUUUAAUAUAGAUAUAUAUAUAUAUAUAUAAAGUAUAAAUAUAUAAAUAUAUCAAAGCAUAUAUUAUAUAUAUUUAGUGUUGAAAUUUUAAGAAUACAAAACACAAACCCAUGAAAGUACAUGCUUUUUCAAGUAUUCGUGCGAACGGUUGCCACUUACAAUUAGUUCGUCGAUUCUUCUUAAAAAUAUUUAUUAAUUGUUUCAUUCAAAUACUAUAAACACUUUAUUGAAAGUAAUGAUUGCACGUUACAACAAUUUGUACGAUGCAACAAUCAUUUUCAAUGGUCUGCAGAUUUCAUAUUGAUUCUCGAGAAACUAUAAUCUUGUAAUUUCUUGAAAUUCUUUAUGUAUUAAUAACUGAUUUUCUCUUAUACGUUUGUGAUUAUUUUACAUUAUACAAAUAAUUGUGUAAUAUUACAAACAUAGUGAAUUUAUUAUUACGAAUGACGACAAGCGUUUCGGUUUGUUCAACACUUGCGAUAGAACAAUUCUAAUAGAUUUCAAUUUACUCGCCAAUACGGAGUAACAAAAAAGGUAUUUAAGUAAGUAAUGAAAUAUCUAGAUGUAAUUAUACACAAGAAUUAUAAGUGUAUUUAUGUACACAUGCAUCUUCAAAUUAUGUCGCGUUCUUUUUUCUGCCGACGACUGCCGUGCCGUCGUAACAAUUAGCUUAAGUUUAGACGAACACAUUUAGAUGGGGAACCGCAAUUAGUGCCGGGAUUAAAUUAAUACAGGAUUAAUCGAAUUAGUAAGCAAUCGAUAUAUCCUGUUACCUGUAAUUUAAUGCCAAAGAUGUUAUCCUACAUGUUUAAACAAAAGCGCUUGGCUGACGGAUUAUAGCGGGUGAUGUCAAUUCAAUUUGAAAUGUUUGUAAUGUGUAAAAUAUGAAGCGCGUUAUAUAUACAUAUAUAUGCUGAACUCUGCCUCAAUAAGAUAAAUAAAGGCAAAUUCACUAAAAGGAAAGUAAUUCAUUUUAAAGUAUGUUUACAUUCUUGGGUAAGAGAAAAUAAAAAAAUCUAUUUUUUACUUUAAAAUAUAUUUUCUUCCAUUUAUAUUUUAAACAUAAAAAACCCCUAAUAAAUAUUCUUAUUUUUAUUAAUUUGAAAUAUAUACAUAUAAACGUUAAUUUGAAAGAUAUAAAUGCUCUAAACUUUUUUUCAAGAUUUUUUUCGAGAUUAAACUUAUUACUUAUUGCAUAAAAAAAUAUAAAAAUUUUCAUAAAGCAAUUAUUAAACAGUUUAUUUGUUGACCAGAGUUCAAGCAAUUUAUUUGCAAUCACUAUGCGCCAAAGAAGGGACAAAAUGUAUUUUUCGAAAAGAAAAUGAAUUAAACAAUUCAUCUGACCAGCAAACCGAUACCUGUAAAGAAAAACUCUAUCAAAUCAUUGUUAAUUAUUAUUCAUAAUUCUAUCGGCGUUGCGAGUUUUUUUAGACAUAGUCGUUGGCACUGCCGACAUAGUAAUCAAUGCUACUCAUAAACGAAUCUCUCUCGUGAUUAUACACGUCUUAUUAAUUCCCGUGUAAAUGAUCGUUUUUUAAGCAAAGAGUAAUAUAUUUAUACGAAAAGUAUACUCGUCUCUGUAGACUCCCAACUUAAUUUGCUUGAACAAUUAGCACAUACACUGACAUGUUUUUGAUACCGCAUUUUUCUUUGAAAUGUGUAAAAAGCAUUUGUACACAUAUUUGCGGUCUAUAUAAUGAAUAUUAGCAUUAAUGUAGUGUGAAGUAGUAAAGUAACAAUUUAUUAGAUAAAUUAUAGUACUUGUACAAUUGAGAAUUGCGAAUGUUAUAUUAUUUUUUGUAAGUAAUCAGUGAAUCGUAUUAUUAUAAAAGUUGUAUAUAAAAUGCCAUUUUAAUGCGCGUAAAUAUUUUACAUAUUGUUGGCGCGAUAUAAAAUUUUAAACAUAACUUCUUUUAAAAUGUAAGCAUUACAUUUAAUUCUUAGGUAGAAUAUUAUGCACGUAUAUAAAACAUAUUUAAAUGUCGUAUAUUUUUAAAAUGUACUGCACAAUUUAUAUUCUUCUAUAGUGCACUCUUACCAUAUGUCACCUUUUGUAUUUGUAUGUGCACUUUGCUUUUAUAAUAUGUUACAUUAAAUUUUAAUCAUUUUAUUAACAUUUUUCUUAAAAGUCUUCUUCGAUAGUCUACAUCGACGAGAAAUACGUAUAUAUGUAAUUGAAUAAAUCUUUCACUUUGAUUGUAUUAACGAGAUACACCAUCUCAUUAUGAUAAAAAUUAUUAAUGUAACUAAGUUCCUUUACCGGCGAUUUAUCGCGCCGACUUUAGAAGUUAUCAAUCCCAUUAAUGAUUAGUCUAAUUAUUGGUCUAAGUUGGUGAUAAAGCAAAACAACAACAAAGUCCCACGUCUUCCAAACGAUGAGAGUAUUGAUUAGUGUAUAGCGAUAAAACCUUGAAAUACUUUCGAGGAGAAAGCUGUCCUUGUAUACUGUAAUGACAAAUACAUUUAUAUAUACAUAUAUACAUAGAAAAAAAUAUAUAUAUGUACAUGCGUGUGCGUAAGAUAUCGUUGAUAUGUGAACGAGAAGCGAAAGUCAAGAGUAUGUGCGGCGAUAUGGAAAUGUUUAUUGGCACACAAUUAUGUUGUUCGAAUAUCACCUACACCUAAUUGCCCUUAUUAUCCACUGUAUAUCAAUGUCUAAUAAACUGCUGUUAUCCCAAAUUAA